AAAAGCCCUAAUUGUUUGAUGAAUGCUCGGAGAUGAUUUUCGAUAGCUCAGGGCAAGGAACGCUGGCUGCUCCGGAGGAUAUCUGCCGCCGACAGAACGGGCUGCCGGAUUCGAGAGCCGCCGGCGAACUAGAACUUGAUCGUAAUGGUAACCGGUCGAAGAGCUUUCGCCGGAAAAGAAUAGAUCUGCGGAAAAUUAGGUCAAUUUCCGAAACAAAUUCGCUGAUCUCUUCCGAUCUCGACUUCUCUUUGAAGAAGAAGAGAUUUGAAGUGAAAAAUGAGCCGGCGUUAGAAGUUGAUUUGCCGCAGAAUGACGUCAUAGGAUCUGGAGAAGCAAAGCUCCAGCUGUCACACGGGACGGUGUCGACUAUCGGUCGGAGGAGAGAAAUGGAGGACGCUGUGGCGGUGGAAUUAGGUUUUCUGAAGAGAUCGGGCGGGAAGAGCUACAAUUUCUAUGGAGUGUACGACGGCCAUGGCGGGUGGCGCGUGGCGCACGCGUGCAGUGAGAUGCUGCACAAAGUACUGGCGAAGGCCGUGGAGGAAGAGAGCGGUGAGGAGAUAGCCUGGGAGAGUGUGAUGGCGGCGGGAUUCAAGGAGAUGGAUGUGGAGGUCAAUAAGAAGGGUGCGGCGGUGGCGACAAUGGGUUCGACGGCGGUUGUUGCCGUGGUAGGGGCGGAGCAGGUGGUGGUGGCCAAUUGUGGCGAUUCUAGGGCUGUGCUUUGCCGCGGCGGUGUUCCCGUACAGUUGUCUGACGAUCACAAGCCUGAUAGACCAGAUGAACUGGAGAGAAUUGAAGUCUGUGGAGGGAAGGUUAUUAAUUGGAAUGGUCAAAGAGUGUUAGGUGUUCUUGCUACAUCCAGAUCUAUAGGUGAUGAGUAUCUGAAACCAUAUGUGAUAACAGAACCAGAAGUAAGAAUAAUAAACACAAGUAAUUCUGAUGAGUUCUUGAUACUAGCAAGUGAUGGGCUGUGGGAUGUCAUUUCGAAUGACGUGGCAUGCCAGGUCACUAGGAGGUGUUUGGAUGGCCGGAUUAGAUCGAAGAUCGAUAAUAACAUUUCUGAUAAUCGAUUGGUGACAAGCAGCGAAAGUCGUUGUGCUCAGGCAGCUGGAUUGUUGGCCGAGUUAGCGAUGGCUAAGGGCAGCACCGAUAAUAUUAGUGUUAUUGUGGUCGAUUUGAAAUUUUCUUAAUUUGAAAUUCCUCUUCCCGCCAUUAGACCAACUCAUCAACAUACAUAUGUAUGAUCAGUAAUAAACCUUGUCAUUUUCUUUCA